AUGGCACAUUUCCUUGGGGCCAGUCAAAUCGAUAUCCGCACGGCCUUUGGCUGGCUUGAUGGCGGCAUCCGGGAAUUCGGACUGGGCCAAGGCUCUAUCCUCGCGGUCAUGCAUAUUGGAUACUAUAUGGACGUCCUCCUACGCCAGCAACACAGUGGCCUGGACCCCGUCCGCAUUGUACACAGCCAACACCCUCAGGGUGCCCACACACGCACCAUCUCCAGCCUCCUAUUCGUGGAUGACGCCCUUGACAUUGCGACCACCUAUGCUGGCAUACAAGACCGAGCACGCAUCUCCAACACCUUCACCGGCCAAUCCGCGUCCGGUGGAGUAUUCGGUGCUGACAAAUCCUUCCUCCUCUACCUAUCCCCCCAUGCACACCCGGCCAUUGCCCUCAACGACGGGCUCGGCGUUCCACAACCCAUCCGCGUGGUCGCACCCUCAGAGGGUUUCCGCCAUCUAGGUAUACAUCAAGGCACCGACAACCAAUGGGAAGAGACCACGCGUGUGGUAUGGCAGAGACUCAACACCCAAGCCAAUGCCGUAGCCCCCCGAGGGCUAAGAAAGAAAGAACUCGUGUACAUCAUCAACUCAGUCUGGAUACCGAGUGUCCUCUACCGAACGGCUAUCAGUGAUGCCAUCAGCAUCGCACCAGCCCUUGACACCCUAUUCCGUAAGACGGCGCGCCGGGUCCUCAAGCUACCCCACGACCACCCCACAGAGUGGUUCUACGACCCAACCGAUGGACUGGGACUGGUCCACUGCGAACGUUUCAGCCACAGCCAACGCCUAUAUCAAUUCCUCCGUAUUGCCAACGACCGAGGCUCCCCUACACAUGACCUCCUCAUGGAAUCACUCGAGGCCUACCAACUGGAUAGCGGGCUUACGGACCACCCCCUCGCCUUCCGCAUACACCCACCUGCCGCAGACGGCACACUUCUAGGCACGAUGCUCCGGGACCUUGCCACAUUCCAGCCCGCCCUAUCCAUCACGACGCAAUGGCACCAACCAGCCGCCAGCCGUCCGCUGCGCCCCAAUGACCGCCCAAUCUGGGCUCACCUUACACCGGCCCUGAGCACGACUCUUAUCUCCAUCAACAGGCUCCACGCCAAAAAGAUACGCUGGGUGGGGGACAUCACAAAUGACAAGGGCACCAUGCUGCUCAGCCUACCGUCCCUCCGUACGAAAUUUGGAUGGACAAACCUCACGCUCCAACGGUUUGCACCCAUUUGGGACGCUAUCCCCAAGGCCGAGCCACCCGCCCCACCGGUACUCCGACAACAAACGCUACAAUGGGGGCCCUAUCCUACCUCCCAACACCUGCCUCCCCCACAGCAAAACCCUUAUCGCACGUCCCUACCAUACCUCACACACCCCCUCGGUCGAACCUUUUUUGUUCCCACACAGGGCUACGAAACUCUACACAUCCCGGUUCACGCCAUGCUAGUAAUCCCACACCACCUAACUCACCCAGAUAACCGACCCCCCACCCUCAGCUACCGCAUUGCACGCCGAACUAGCCUCCAAACACGCCAAACCCAGGAAGGCACGGAGAUUGCCGUCACCUUCUGGCAUGAACUACGUAAAGACUCGGACAUCUGGUACUCCCCUACACCGCGCGAAGCACGAGGCCGACACCGCCUUGUUCCCAUUACGGGCUGUGCUGUACUUACAGGCAGCCUCCUACCAACCAGCCGAGCUCAACGCCUCAAGUUUAUUCCCUGGACCGACACGUCCUGGACCAACCCACGCACACACAUCACCCACAAAGGGGAAAACAAUCGUACCGUCAUUGCCUCAACUACCGGCCAAACUACUCACCCGGAACCGCACCAUACGGGGCACCAGCCCCCCCCGCAAGCGACGCCAGCCUGUACCGCCUGUCACCGCCUAGCGGACACUACCAUCUGUCGUGAUUGUGGGGGUUGGCACCACCCGGCAUGCAUCCCACACUGUCGCGUCGUUCCGCACCCCAGCGCACCGACGUACGGGUUACAUACCCUCCCCCGACGAGAUGUACGCACCCAUGCGGUGGGUGACGGCAGCGUCACGCACCAAGGAACCCCGGCCGCGCAUGGUACAUGGAGCUACUUGGGCAGAGACGGCACUACCCUCGCUGGGUCCAUCCAAGUACACGCCAACCACAUCACACCCACACGCUGUGAACUACAUAGCCUGCUAGUGGGCCUCCAGCACUCUGGCGAUGCUGCGCUCCAAAUAUGCGACAACACCAAAGCCAUUGGAUUGGUGGUACUCGCCAGAUCCCUCAAACGCCGCGGUGGCCUCCCACGCUACAGCAACAUCUACAGGGUCGAACUCCGCUCACUCAUGGCGCUCUUCACAGCCAACGGAACCUUUGCCGGGGACUGGACCCGAGCGCACCAGGACCCCGAUGACACGACUGAUCCCACCGUCCGAACAAAACGCCUAUUGCUCGCCGAAGCGGACUCACUUGCCGCCCUAGCCCACCAGCUUCUCCCACUUACGAACUAUGCGCACCUAAUUAUCCCAGACUCAUGGGAGCUGCGGGAUGAACACGACAGGCCGGUCACUGGGGCGACGGCCCCAUGGCUAGGAGCAGUGUACGGACGUCGUGAUUGGCCCAAGAUACAAGCCCAUAAACCAGACACCCGCCAGACUGUUCAGCCACUCCGACUCCCCACCGGGGACAUCUCAACACUCUGGCCCGGACCAAAACGCCCACAAUGGAAAACCCGCGGCGGUCACCCAUCACCCAACACGGGUAUGUGCAUGAUCCCCCUUACCGCGCACCGCUGUGUACAUGCGCUACACAUGCACCGCCUCCUUGGACCCCCCCGACCCGAAUCCCACAUGCUAGCCACCUCUCAGCUCUCCUGGGAAGCGAACCAGUGCCCAAAGCCGGGACCCCUCCUACCGCGCUGGCUGUACCACACCGCCCUCCGCUCCACCCCCCUGCUUGCCCCACGCGACUUCUGGUUCGGACAGUGGAUGGGCGGCCCCAAUGGUGCUACUUUUCAGGGCCCACUUGGCCUCUCCCCCCACUGCAUAAUCCCCCGCCCCCCAACAAACCAUCACUGGUGGAUUGAUGCCACGCACAACCCAUACACCCCCACUUGGUGGCGCCUCCUAAACACGGCAAUACAAUCCGCUAUCUCCCACCAAACACCGGCCACCUACUGGCUUGUAGUACACGAUGGCUCCUGCGGCCAUAAAAUGGCUGACCAGCUCCACACAACAUGGCUCCUCACCAUUCCCCCGGGCCAGAUCAAACUCCGUCACGUCUCCUCCGUAUACCACACUCCUACCCCAACCUGGGGCAAACUCGCUUCCGGCAAUCUCACAGCAAUCCACAUUGGUUUCAUUACCACUGGCAACACAGUAGCUCUACUCGCCUCUGCCCAGCAGCAAUGGACAUCAGCACUCACGUUAAUCGAUGCUCUCCAUUGGCUCCGACGACCUCCCCCGACCACUCAACUCCGCCCAGAAGAAACCACCACGACAGCCAUCCCACGACUACUUAGUGCCCCCACACACUGCCUCCACUGGGUCCAAUCCUCCAUUCCCACAUACGACCAAUACGCCCUUGACACGCGCGCAUUCCUCACGACACAGUUUCCGGCCAUUUACCAAGCUACCUCCGGCUGGAAAACCUUCCCUACCAUGACACACACCACACGAGCAUGGGCAGCCGCCCUCACCCACCUCCACUCUCCUCGUUUCCAUACUAACUGGUUCAAGGCGCACUGGGCCGCCCUUCGCCUCCACUGGCAAUCCACAUGCACAACUAAUGUGGACCACAUACGCACCGCAGGGGAACUACCCCUCCUCACCGAGGUCAAUAACAACAUCCGGCUCAAACGCCGCCACCAUGAUGCCGCCCCCAUGGGCCAUGAUCGACGCAUCCGUGCACGCAGGGCUCACCUUGCAGCCAAGACACUACAAUGGCACACUCGAAGGAUCUCCUCACUCCCCCCCGGCCUCCCCCCUCACGUAGGCUACGCCGACCCUCCACUUCGGCCACCACGCCAGCCUCCGGACCCAAGGAUACCUCCACCAGUGGCCUAA